AUGGAUUUUUGUGGUUUCAUUGAUUUUACGGUUUACAACUUACUUGUCGUAAUAACAAUGGUGGCUCAAAAGAAAGGUCGCGGAGCUAAAAACCAAGCUGCGAAGGCAAAAGCCGCCGCCCCAGCCGUGGAGGAACCUGCUCCCGAGAUGGAAACUUCUGAGCCAGUAGAAGCUGUAGAAGAUAAUAACGGUGACGCAGAACAAGCUGAGCAAUCAGAGGAGGCCGCCGUUGGAGAGGCCGGUGAUUCCGAACAACAAGAGGGAGAACAGAACCAAGAGAACGCGGAAGGCGGCGAUGCCGCAAACGCUGAGAAGGAGGCAAAGGUUGAAUCUGGUAAAAUACUUGUGGAGAACCUGCCUUCUAGCUACCUGUUCGAUUAUCAGGAGAAGCUCAAGGAGUUGUUCUCAAAGCAUGGAGAAAUCAUCAACGUCAAACGUGGUCCAAUCAUUGUAACAGAACUGACCACAACUCCUACAUUAUCGGCAAUAGUCGAAUUCAAAAACAAAGAGUCUCUGGAAAAGGCGUUGACAGAGGAAGGCACGAAGCUGGACGGCAGCACCAUUACUGUCUCCGUGGAGUCUCGCGCCGAGACCGCCGUGCUGGUCGGCGUGCCCUACGAGGCCAGCACCGAGUAUGUCAAGCAGCUCUUCACACAGUGUGGGGAGGUCACCCACAUACAUGAGUUCAGCAAGACCAAAUACAAGAUACUGCGAGUGACAUUCCAAGACAAGGACAGCGUGGACAAAGCGCUGAAGCUGGAUCGGGAGCUGCGCAUCAACGGGUUCCUCGUCACCGUGUCCAAGUACCGGGAUGAGGACGAACAGAAGGCUCACAAUGCAGCCAAUGUUAACAAGAACAAGCGGCAGCACCCGAACCAGCAACAAAAUCGCAGCAACAAUGCGAACUCUAACACAAACGCGAGCCCCAAUGCCAACCGCUCCAACAACUUCCGGGCCCGUGGUGGAGCCUUCAAUGCAAGAGGCAACUUCAGAGGAGCCCGCGGUCGCGGAGGCUUCGGCGGUCGCGGCGGCGCCUUCCCCCGCGGAGGCUUCGCGCCCGUCAACACCUACAUGCCGCCGCAGGGCUUCUUGGGCCGCCCGGGUGGGUUCAUGAACGACGGCCAGCGGCCGAACAAGCGGCUCAGGCAAAUGUAA